AUGCGCAUACCGGGCACGACCCUGGUUCACAGAUCGGUCAUAUUCACAGAAAGACUCUGCAGAAGGUGGCCGAAUGUGCCUCGUGCUGGUGCACUGACGAGGGGUGCUUCGGUAGAUAAUGGCCGAUGCAACGCUUCACACACUCCACCGAGUCAAGUGGUUGGCGCCCGAAGAAUACACGAGGUCAAUAGGCGCAAUGUCGCCAAGAUCACGCUUCAGAGUGUCCGUGUAAACGAGGGCAACAGGCGAGGCGAAGAUGAAGCCAAGUCUAAAUAG